CAGGCGCGGUGCAGGCGGUGGCUGCGGUGGCUGCGGCGGCCGAGGGGCAGCGCGGCGCGGCGGGGCCGAGCGGUGCAUGGGGCCGGGCCGCGCCUCGCAUGGAGCCGCUGCGCAACGGCGGCGCUGGCGCGGAGGAGAAGCCGCGGCGGCGAGGGGCGGGGACGGACGCCGGAGCUCCGCGGCGGAGGAGCAGCGGUGGUGGCGGCGGUGGUGGUGGUGGCGGCGCGGCGGGCGUUGACAGCGCGGUGGGGCCGCAGGCCCGGGAGCGGAUGGGUUCCGGCGGCCGGCAGCGGCGGGACUCGGCCCGAAAGAACCGCCCGCCCUUCCCAUGGUUCGGUUUGGAUAUUGGAGGCACCUUGGUCAAACUCGUUUAUUUCGAACCAAAGGACAUCACGGCUGAAGAAGAAGAAGAAGAAGUGGAAAACCUCAAAAGCAUCCGUAAAUACCUGACCUCAAACAUAGCUUAUGGAUCCGCAGGCAUCCGGGACGUGCACCUGGAACUAAAGGACCUUACCCUGUGUGGACGUAAAGGCAAUCUGCACUUUAUACGCUUUCCUACCCAUGACAUGCCUGCUUUUAUCCAAAUGGGAAGCGAAAAGCACUUCUCAAGCCUCCACACUACCUUAUGUGCCACCGGAGGUGGAGCGUACAAAUUUGAGCAGGACUUUCUCACAAUGGGGGACCUUCAGCUUUGCAAACUGGACGAACUCGAUUGCCUUAUUAAAGGAGUUCUGUACAUCGAUUCCGUUGGCUUCAAUGGACAUUCCGAGUGUUACUAUUUCGAAAACCCAACGGAUGCUGAGAGGUGUCAGAAGCUCCCGUUCAACCUGGAGAACCCCUAUCCUCUCCUUUUGGUGAACAUCGGCUCAGGGGUCAGCAUUUUGGCUGUGUAUUCAAAAGAGAACUAUAAGCGGGUGACGGGCACGAGCCUUGGAGGAGGCACCUUUUUUGGUCUCUGCUGCCUUCUCACUGGUUGCUCCACCUUUGAAGAGGCCCUGGAGAUGGCAUCCCGGGGGGACAGCACCAAAGUGGACAAACUGGUGCGGGACAUCUACGGAGGAGACUAUGAGCGGUUCGGGUUGCCAGGCUGGGCUGUAGCAUCCAGCUUUGGAAACAUGAUGAGCAAGGAGAAGCGGGACUCAGUCAGCAAAGAGGACCUGGCCAAGGCUACUCUGAUAACCAUCACGAACAACAUCGGCUCCAUCGCACGGAUGUGUGCACUGAAUGAGAACAUCAAUCGAGUGGUGUUUGUUGGCAACUUCCUUCGGAUCAAUACCAUCUCCAUGAGGCUUCUGGCCUACGCUUUGGAUUACUGGUCGAAGGGACAGUUGAAAGCACUUUUCUUGGAGCAUGAGGGUUAUUUCGGCGCAGUCGGGGCUCUGCUGGAACUCCUGGAUUCCCCUUGACUCCGUGAGGAUUCCUGACAUCGGAUCGGUGAAGUCAGGGCACUUCCCGGGUCACCACAUUUCACUUGGAAGCAAAGGGAAGGACUCUCGUGUUCGUGUCUGUGUGAAACCCAUCCUCAGUGACAAGCAGGUUGGUUCAGGAGGAGAAUGUACAGCUGCUGUCCUGGCUGUGUCUGGAACAUCUGGAGGACCUUUAGUGCUUCCAUCACAUCACCCUUUCCAUGUAGCCUGUGGGAAUGGGGAUGGAAGAGCAGGAAUCCAUCAGGAUCCCUCCAAGUGCUGCAUGUGCUUGGUUCAUGCUCCCAGAGCUCAACCCGCAGCGUCUUGUGUCAUGUCCUUGUGUGUCCAGGGGACAGACCCCAGCAUCCCAAAUCCAUACGGCUGGAAUCUGUGUCCACUGAACUGCUGCGCUCCCCACAGGGCUUCAGUCCUGUUACCACUUUUCCUUACCUGGAACCUGCAGACCAAAGGUGAGGCACAAAUCCUGUGUCACAGCUUGAUUCCCAUUUCACCCUCCAACACUUCCAUACAGCCCGCAGCACCCUUUGGGAUGUGCUGGAAUGUCAGCACGGCGUUAGGAGGUCUCACCCUCUGAGCUGGAUGUUGUUAGAAGCAAAAGUGAGGAUGAAAUAGUGGGGUUUGAUAUUGUUUGUUUGCUCGUUUUAUAUUCUUGCUCUGUUGUAAACCUCUGCUGCAUAGAAGUACACCAAAGAGCUCCUGCUUUUCCCUUGGACGCUUGGGAUCUGCUCUGGAAUCUUCCUUUUACAUGUAUGGAUUGUGGAAGUGGUGGAGCUGCAGGGGGGAAUCCUCUCUGCUUCCCAUACACUGCUCUGCUCUGUGCACGCAGCCUGCGACGGGCAGCUGAGGGCAGGAUCCCUGAGGAUCUCACACCUCGGGAUGUGGAUUUUACUCAAUAAAGGCUCUUGGAACAAC